UCCACUCACAGAGACAACAACUUGACGACUUACUUUAAGAGUAACCGCAAACCUCUGGGUUUUGGGCAGAAAGGGGUUAACUGAACAGUAGAAAAGGCCCGCAGGGUCACAUAAAAGCCCUUUAACGGAACGGAGCAGCCGGUGACCUCCGCUCGGACGACGCUGGCAGUAAUGAAGCCCGUCCGGCUGGUUUUCCAGCAGCCCACAGAAACGCCAUAGUAACCGUUAAAAAAUACCGGAGAACAGCGGGCUCUCGUUUCGCUACCGCUGCCCCCCCACACCUUUUUUUCCUCUCCUUUUCUUUUCGUCGCUUUGUCCUCCGGUACGGACAUGCAAACAUGCGCGAGAAAAUAACCAGGGCCGUGAGAUGUGAGCGGGCCGGCUCGGUGCUGUUAUCGGUAAUAAAGUAGGAAGAGGACGGACGCCGGUUGUAUGAACCCGGGCAGAAGUCGGCCCAGCUGCUCGGUCGUUUCCACAGACUCAGAAUGAGGAAACCCAGAGGGAUUCGGAUGGUUUCUGCCCUGUGUCUGGGAUGUUUCAUUGUGGUCAUCUUCUACUUUAACAGCAGUCUGAGGCCAGGUGAGCUUUAACACAAAUACAUAAAUAACCCUGCGGUGGGAACAGAAAUACUUGUCUGUGUUCCAGUACGUCUGUUUGACAUUCAUCUAUAUCUGGGGUAAAAAACUCAAUCUGAGCCCGAUUCAUCAGAAUGUGUUGGAUCCCAACCAGAGACAAAAGAAGAACACCUUCCACUGAAAUCCAUUCAGAACAUUUGUCGGAGCGGAGCAGUGGGCAGAAAACCCGGAGGAGCCCCCUGCAGAGCCUCUAUGAGGGGGAACAGGUGGAGUCUGCUGUGGCGGCCGUCCAUCAGGGUCGCCGGGAGCUGCUGGAGGAGGCCUGUCGCUCCUACACCCGCAAACGCAGAGUCCUCAUCCCCGAAGACCUGAAGCACAUUAUUGUGGACGACCAGCACGGCCUACUGUACUGCUACGUGCCCAAAGUAGCCUGCACCAACUGGAAGAGAGUGCUCAUGGUUCUGACGGGAGUCUCCGGUGACCACAAAGACCCGCUAGCCAUCCCCGCCAACGAGGCCCACGUCCCGGGAAACCUCCGGACUCUGUCCGAGUACUCCACCCCCCAGAUCAACCAGCGCCUGCGCUCCUACUUGAAGUUCAUUUUUGUGCGUGAGCCAUUCGAGCGACUGGUCUCUGCGUACCGCAACAAAUUCACGCGGAGUUACAAUACAGCUUUCCAUAAACGAUACGGCACAAAGAUCAUCCGCCGGCACAGGCCAGACCCUCGGCCAGAAGCCCUGGAGAAAGGGGACGACGUCUCCUUUGAGGAGUUUGUGUAUUACCUCGUGGACCCCGCCACCCAGCGGGAAGAGCCCUUCAACGAACACUGGGAGCGGGUGCACUCGCUGUGCCACCCCUGCCUCAUCCACUACGACAUAGUGGGGAAGUACGAGACGCUGGAGCAGGACUCCCGCUACGUGCUGCAGCUAGCCGGGGCGGACCAGCAGGUCCACUUCCCCGCCUCGUCCAAAAGCACCAGGACUACUGGAGAUAUGGCGGCCAACUUCUUCCAGAACAUCAGUCCCUUCUACCAGAAAAAGCUCUACAAUCUGUAUCGCAUGGACUUCCUGCUCUUCAACUACUCGGUUCCAGCCUACCUCAAGUUCAGAUGAGGCCGGGACGUCUUUCAGACACAAACUUAUGGACCUGCUUCUCUUUCUGCUUUUAUGGAAAAACAUGACGUUUUCAUAUCUGAGCAGGUGAGAAAAACAAAAGUUGGCGAGGACAUCCCAUGAGCAGAUAGGAGUUUCUGACUCACGAGGCAAAUGAGAUUUUAUGGAAGACGUGGAGUUAACUGUUAGUCACUGGCUCUGAAUGUGUGAAAUGCUGUUCAAGUUUUGGUUUUCUGCUGUUUCAAAGGUGAAUUUGCACAACAGGUGAUCUCUCCAGAGCAGUGGUGUCCACACGUUUUGCCAUGUGUGCCAAAAUUGUAAGGCAGAAAGUAUCCAUUUGCCACACAAAUGUAAUAUUUUUAAUAAAAUGCUAGAUCAAA